UGGAGAUGCAGCUAGUUCACUCCAGUUCCAAUUGCGUUGCUUAGUUCCUGCCAAGCAGAUAGUCGCACAACAUCUAUCUAAAACAGCAAGAGAGUUUCUUCUGCACUUUCUAACUGUACAAUUUCCGGGAGCCGUUGCUGAGGUCACAGCACAGGUGGACAUCACAAUGUUGAAGUCUGAUCUCCCUCCAAGUUAUGAAGAGUCAAGGCAGCAGUCAUAUGGCCCAGAACAGCAUGGGAACCAUCCAUACCCUCCCUAUGCAUAUCCAGCCCAGCCAGGAGUGUACACAGGCCCUGGACAGCCUGGCAUACACCCCCAGGCUGGGCUAUGGCAGGGCCCUGUAUACUCCCCAUCAGCAAUGCCAUCCACGAUGCCGUCUUUUAUAACACCAGGAAUGUUUUCCUCCAACCCAAUAGAUACAGAGGGCAUAUCAUCACCUAGCUUGUGGGACAGCAAGAGUAUUCGGCAUGCGUUCAUUAGAAAGGUUUACCUUAUUUUAGCUGCCCAACUCUUUGUUACUGCUUCAAUCAUUGCAGUGUUUGCAUUUGUUGAGCCUGUGCGUUUAUUUGUGAUCCAGAAUCCUGCCAUUUAUUGGGCAUCAUUUCCAGUUUAUCUUGUUACUUACCUUGUGCUGGUUUGCUGUGAGGGACCAAGGAGACGUCACCCAUGGAAUUUAGUACUCCUGCUCAUUUUUACUCUUGCCUUGUCUUACAUGACAGGAACAAUAUCAAGUUAUUUUGACACCAAAGCAGUAUUCUUGGCCCUCGGGAUAACAGCAAUAGUGUGUGUAAUCGUCACAAUCUUCUGUUUUCAGACCAAGGUUGAUUUCACCUCCUGUACAGGUCUGCUUUGCGCUCUGUGUGUGGUUGUCCUGGUGACUGGAAUUAUUACAUCCAUCGUGCUCUCCUUUCAGUAUGUGCCUUGGUUGCAUAUGCUGUACGGUGCUUGUGGAGCAAUAGUCUUUACCUUGUUUUUGGCUUACCACACCCAGCUGCUCAUUGGAAACCGAGCAAACGCCAUCAGCCCUGAGGAAUAUGUUUUUGGAGCUCUUUCACUCUAUGUGGAUAUUGUCCAGAUCUUUAUCUUCCUCCUGCACAUCACAGGGAGUUCUUCAGAGUAAACACAUAUGUGAGCAUUUCUGUUUGAGAGAUUGAGCCUUUUAUGAAGUAACACUUGGCAUACAUCUUGAAUACAAUUGUCAACACUAUUGUCUUUUAUUCAAAUGUCACUUUGUGUUGCUUAAUAUGUUGCUCCUACUUCUCAAAAUUGAGUGUCACACUUUAUUUACAUUAUAUUCAGCACUUCAUUGUUUGUAUUAUUAAUUUAUAGUUUAAAGAGGUUAAUGUUAAUGGCUGAGUGUGUGUACUAUGAAAAUGACACUGAAAUGGGAAAUAUUGGCAUUCUGUAUAUAUUUUUGUUAUCAUUAUUUGGCCUAUAACCUGAAGAGAAAUAAAAUGGAAAGUAUUAAUGUAUUGGAGAAUAUAAGAAAAUGUUUUAGCAAAUAUUAGCAAGCUGUCUAAUUUCAUAUUUUAUAUAUCUUUUUAUCACGAGUCACAUUCAUUUUUUGGGACAUUUUUGAAAUGCUUAAUAUUUAACACGAUUCAAGCCUAUUCAAAGAA